UUUGUGCAUGUGUAUAUGAAUCACUUUUUAAAAUCUAUAUUAAACUAAUGAUCAUCUUUCUCUCUUUUCUCCACUUUUUUCUUUAACUUUGGUAAAAUCUCAAGUUUAAGGAAGAGUUGCAAAAAUGGCACAAAGAAUUUCUACCCAGAUUUACUAAUUUUUAGUAUUUUGCCCUAUUUGCUUUAUCAUUUGUACUCUUGCUCCCUCUGGCCCACCACCCCACCCCCACACACCGUGGUCUGCCAUAUUAUUUAAAAGAAAGUGCGGGCAAGUAGCAGGAGUUGCUGUGCUUCAGCUCCCUCCCCGCCUAUGCCUUCCCGGCUCCCUGCUGCAAUGAGCUUCCUCAAAAGGUCCCUGCUGCCAUUGAGGCUGAGGGCUUUGGCGACAGGCAGACACUGAGGCUGUGCUGAAUGGCAGGGGCCUCAGCACCGGCCCCUUUGAUAUCACUGAGAGGCACCUGUCUUGGUUUGAUGACUCUGGAUUGGGAUUCUUAAUGGAAUACCCCACCAUUAGUUUGCAUGCAGUGUCCAGGGACUUAAAUGCCUAUCCAUGAGAGCAUUUGUAUGUUAUGGUGAAUGCCAAAUUUGGAGAAGAAUCAAAAGAAUCUGUUGCUGGAGAAGACAGUGAUGAUGCUGUCGAACCUAUUGCUGAAUUUAGAUUUGCGCCUAAUGAUAAGUCAGCAUUGGAGGCAACGUUCCCUGCAAUGGGUGAAUGCCAGGCUUUGCAUUCAGAUCCUGAGGACGAAGAUUCAGAUGAUUGCAGUGGAGAAGAUUAUGAUGUGGAAGCAUGUGAACAAGGGCAGGGAGACAUCCCUAUAUUUUACACCUGUGAAGCAGGACUAUCCAAUAUAACAGCGGAAGGCUGAGCCUGACUGGGGAGAUUAGAAGAAAUGCUUUCUCAGUCUGUGAGCAGCUGGCAUAACAUGGCUGGUCUGGACAAAAGACUCAACAAGAGAUUAUGAAGACGGGAUGGAGGUAGAUACUACACCAACAGUUGUUGAGCAGGUGGAGGAUGCAGACAUUGAUCACUGAAAAUGAUUUAUGCUGCUGGGGGAUUCUGCUCCUGACUGCAGAAAGAACUUGGUGCCUCUUCUGUGGAGGGGGUGUUGAUGAAAGUCUUUUUCUUUCUCCCAAACUUACCCG